AUGAGUAUUCUGAGAGUUCGCAUCAAAGACAUGAAACUGAAUCAGUGUGACAAUACCCCUGGCUCCUACAACUGCACCUAUACCUGUCGUCAUGGUCUACACAGGACGUCUUCGGGCACGGCCUGUGAGGAUAUCAAUGAGUGCCAGCAGCAGCCAGAUGUUUGUGACCAGACAUGCCUUAAUCUUAUUGGUGGAUACCGAUGUGAUUGUCGCCGGGGCUUCAGGCUCGUUGGCCAGAGUCGCUGUCUGGAUAUUGAUGAGUGCUUCCAGUUCCAUCCCCCAUGUACCCAUGGAUGUGAAAAUACGGUGGGCUCCUUCAGAUGUACAUGUCCUGAAGGGCACACUCUCCUACCUAAUGGUCGCUGCAAAGACAUCAAUGAGUGUGCCUCGUACAUCCAUGACAGUCUGGAGGGGCAAGAGUGCCGCAACACUAAGGGUUCUUAUACCUGCAUCACCCACUGUCCCACUGGUCUUACCCAGGCCAGUAAUGGCACGUGUACAGAUAUUGACGAGUGCUCUGAAGAAAUCUCUGGAUGCCACUACACCCAGACCUGUGCAAACACUUGGUGCUCUUACCGCUGCUCGUGUAGUCAGGGAUUCAGUUCUUCAGGAUCAGGACAGCCGUGCCUUGUUGUGAAUGAGUGUCUGGCGAGCCCAUCACCUUGUAACUUCCAGUGUCGUAACCUACGAGGGACCUACCAAUGUAUCUGCGCUCUUGGACAACAAAGACUGCCUGAUGGGAAAUCCUGUGUUGGGCUACAGUACAUAGAGGAGCUUCGUGCCGCUACCCACUCCCCCCUAGUCGCCCGAGACCUGUCUACCCUGGCUACCCAACCACAGCGUUCCAGGAGAAACUCCUUCAUAAGUUCUACAUCCAGUCUAGCUCUCCGAAAGGCUUUGAAUACAAGAAUGGAGAAUGCAAAGAUGUGGAUGAGUGUGCCUUCAGAGAGCGAUGCCAACAUCACUGUCACAACACAUUUGGAAGUAACAUGUGCCUCUGUCCUGCAGGUUACCGUCUAAAUCCUAACCAGCGAACCUGUGAUGAGCCUUCUCAAUGGAGCUGGUUAGAUCGUCCCUAUCAGCUCUGACUGAUUCUUCUGCCAGAUCGUCGGUGGAGGAGUCUUCAAACUUCUGCUUGUCAAUUUG